CUCGCUCAUAAGGGCUCGCUCAUAAACUCACGGGCACAGACGAGACUCAACCUAAACGCGUUAACUAACCCAUCCACACAUACAGAUCACACCUGUGACCCGCUGGGAAUAUCAGCGGAUCGAUCGAUCGAUAUAUCAGGACCGUACGCGAAUCGAUCAGAGGAAUAAAACAAACUGCAGCGCGUUCACAUCGGAUCUAACGUAGUUUAACCAUUUCUGCGAGAAUUCAACAGGUCAUAAUGUGUAACAUGGAGCCUCUUUUACCAGGAUUCAGGAACACACUAAAGCGUCAGGUGGCGUUUGAGAUGUUCGAAGACCCCAUGUCUCUGUUCUCGGGGUUUUAUCCGGUCGAGGAGGAGCAGGCCGCUCAGGAGGUCCCGUCUGGCCUGGACUGUUUCUCCCAGGAUGCCGGCGUGUGCUCGGUUCCCCUGCUGACGCCCUGCAGUAAAGCCGUGGUCAGUCAGGCGCUGAAGGACAGCUUUAACGGCUUCUCCAAGGUCCAGCGCGUCUGCGGGAUCUCCAACAACCCGCACAAGUGGACCAAGCAGCACGUCUUGCAGUGGCUGUACUGGGCGUCCGGAGAGUUCAGUCUGACCAACAUCAGCUUCUAUAAGUUCGACAUGAACGGGCAGGAGCUGUGCGACCUGGGAAAGGACGGAUUCCUGGAUCUGGCUCCCGAUUUCGUGGGUGAUAUCCUGUGGGAGCAUCUGGAGCAGAUGAUGAGAGCCUGUCAGGAGGAUGAAGAAGCCAAAGUCUUGAGUCGGUCGUCUGAGUGCAGCUGGACGAGCAGCGGCUCCGGCGGUCUCAGUCUGGAGGAGUGUUCUCUGAGGGUUCCCGACACUCGCAGCAGUCUCCUGCGGGAGCUCUUCGAGACGUCUGACGAGUCGGGCCUGCUGUCGUCCGGUCAGGAGCUCUCCAUGUACCCCAAACCGCAGCUCAGCACGGUCAGCGUCAGCUACGUGAGUCGGGAGCUGAAAGCGGCUCCGCGUCUGGGCGCAGCAGUGUCGUCCCGCGAGCAGACGUCGGUGGAGAGCGUGGAGAACGCGGACGGCUCCGAGUGCGUCCUCCGCUCCUGGGGCAGCCAUUCGUCCCUCGCCGACGCCCAGCGCGUCCCGUCUUACGACAGCUUUGAGGAGGAGCUGGGCGUGGCUCCGCUGGGCCUGAGCAAACAGGGACUGUCCUUCAAAGACUACGUCCAGGAGAGGAACGAGCCGAUGGAGCAGGGCAAACCCGUCAUACCCGCCGCCGUGCUCGCUGGAUUCACCGGAAGUGGCCCCAUUCAGCUGUGGCAGUUCCUCCUGGAGCUCCUGACCGACACGACCUGUCAGAGCAUCAUCAGCUGGACGGGCGACGGCUGGGAGUUCAAACUCACCGACCCCGACGAGGUGGCCCGCCGCUGGGGAAAGAGGAAAAACAAGCCCAAGAUGAACUACGAGAAGCUGAGUCGAGGCCUGCGCUACUACUACGACAAGAACAUCAUCCACAAGACGUCGGGGAAACGCUACGUGUACCGCUUCGUCUGCGACCUGCAGAACCUGCUGGGAUACACGGUGGAGGAGCUGCACAGCAUGCUGGGAGUGCAGCCGGACACCGAGGACUGAAGCGCUCGCGGGGAACCCUCGCGUCACGAUCCAGACCUCAGCGGAGGUCUCUGUUUACGGCGAACGGCCGGUUUGGUCACGCGUCCGACGCGUCGAAAGCGUUUCUCGCUGCUGCGCUUCACUCGGCCGAGCGUUAAACACACUUUGAGACACUUUGACACUGGAUUUGAUCUUUUGACAGCGUGUUCGCUGAACCCGAUGAUUCCUGUAAUAAUGUACAUUAACCGAGAGACGGAAGAGCAGAGAGAGUUUAUUUUCCGGGAUUGCCUUAUCGCUGCGGAGCUCGCGACGCCCUCGGGGCGUUUCUGAUUAAUUGAGAAAUGGAUUUUCAGGUUCGAAUCACAUCUGGUGGCCUUUCUAACGGAGAGACUGAGCUUUAUUAACAAUCACUCUGAACUUUGAUUUCGCUUUGAUUUGAUGCGGAUCUGUCCGACCGCUUCUGCGUUUCCUCAUAUUCCUGUAUAUUUUGUGAGCGUUUCGGUAGAAACCACUGUACAUGAGAUGAUGUGUGUAUUUAUUUGAGUAUAGCUGGUCUGUGGAGCUGUUCUGUAUCGUUGCUUGUUUUCGCUCAGGCCAAAGGGACGUGGAGUUUUCACGUCUGAAUGUUUACGUUUACCAAAGCUACAGUAAAGCUGUGGGCGUUGGACAGACGCUGAGGAUCUGUCGGCGCUUUUGCUUUCGUUUCGUACGCCGAUUGUCUCGUUCUGAUCUCACGGAACGACUUUCAGGAUCAGAAUGACUGUUUGACUGUAAAUUUAUGCUGUACAUUCACUCCAGACUUCUGCGUUACUGUAGAGACGCUGGAUUGUUGUUGUCACUAUUAUUAUUCUAAUUUAUACAGAAACCAUGUGAUGACUCACGGCUGUGUCUGUAAGUGUGUUUACGUUUGUAUUUGAUUGUUUUCUAUAUACAGUUGCUCUUCGGAGCAGGUCUAUUUUACAGAUAAAUAUAUAUGAAAAGAACAAUGAGAUUUAUUGAUCCGCUCAAGUGUUUUUAAUGCAGUAUCUCUUUAUUACAAAGCCUUUAUUAGUCAAAGCAGCUCUGCUUGUGCUGAACGUCCUCUGAUUUGACACCGGUGGGAACAUGUUCGGCGGGAUCUGUGUGUGUUUGAGAGGCGUUUGACUCAUGAGAAUCUGUCCAGACGUGCAUCUUUAUGCCAUGAACGCGCUGUGAACAGUUUAAUAUCUUUGUGAAAGUCAACAAAUAAAUUCUCUUUAAAUGA